CCGGUGCGCGAGUCGCUGCUGGGGGCGGCGGUCGCGCCCCGGGAUGCUGCCGGCGGUGGCGGCGGCCGCGGUCGCGGUCAUGGUCGUUGUCGCGGUCGUGGCCGCCGUCCCCGCGCUGUGGCACCGCCUGUCCCGUUCCGCGCUGCGCCGCGCCGGGGCCCGGUACCGGCGGCGGUUGGAGCUGUUGGGCACCGACGUGCGGCUCAGCCAGGAGCGGCGGCUGCGGCGGCUGCUGCCCCCCGGCACGGCCCGCGGCUCGGAGGAUUUCCGGGAGCGUCACCCCGUGGGGCAGCGCUGUGCUGAUGGGGCACCGGGGGGGCAGGUCCCGCCGCUGCGCCCCUGGGCUCUGCUCCGCUGCUGCUGGGGCACCGACCCCCCGCUCCAGGGAUCCCUGCUCUACCUGGACACCCUCCACGCCGCCUUCCCGCGAGCGCUGGCCCCCCAGGGCACGGCGCUGCUGUGCUGGGCACCCCACCACCGCUGCGUGCCGGCGGGCUGGCCCCUGCCCUCGCUGUACUGCACCCCGGCCGCGGCGGGCUCCAUUCCCUCCCGGGCCGCGGCGCUGCGGGUGCAGCUGCUGUUCGCGCUGCAGCAGCGUGCGCUGCAUGUGCUGGAGGCCGCGCUGCCCGCAGAGCUGCUGGACGCGCUGGCGGCCCUGCGCUCCGGCUGGCCCGAGCUGGCGCAGGACCUGGCGCUGGGCACGCUGCGGCCACAGCCCGGGCUGCCCGAGGGGCUGCGGGUGCAGCUGCAGGCGCUGCUGACCCCCAAUGCCACCCGGGCGGCUGAGCUGCGCGCUGAGUGCGCCCGCGGCUUUGAGGGCAUCGUGCAGCGCCUGUGGCCGCAGCUGGAGGUGGUGGUGGUGGGGACAGCGCAUGGUGCGGAGCAGCUCUACUGCGACGUCCUCCGCCAGGCCGAGUGCAAGGGACUGCCCUUCUACUGCCCCUUCUACCGUGCAGCAGGAGCGCUGCUGGGUGUGAACCUGUGGCCGGAGGAGCCAGCGCCACGAUUCCUACUGUGCCCUGACUGGGCUUUCUGCGAGUUCCUGCCCUCUCCGGCCGAGGAGGAGCCGCGGACGGUGUUGCUGGGCGAGCUCUGGGAGGGACGCGAGUACGGGCUGGUCCUGACGGCCCGGCCAGGAGAGUACAGGUGCCACGCUGGGGAGGUGCUGAGGGUGACCGGCUUCCACAAGCAGUGUCCCGUGGUGGAGCCCGUGCGCAGGGAGAGCCAGGCUCUGAGUGUGCGGGGCGAGAGCAUCCCCGAGGAGCGGUUCUGCCAGAGCCUGUGCCGCGCCGUGGGCAUGUGGCCGGGCGCUCGCCUGGUCGACUACGUCUGCGUGGAGAGUGCCCUGCUGGGCGCCUCUUCGGGGGCCUGUGCCCCCCACUACGAGGUGUUUGUGGAGCUGCGGGGCCUGCGGGACCUGUCGGAGGGGCAGCGCUACAAGGUGAGAGGACACGGGCUCUGCUCUGGGGCAGGUCCUGCUGCCUGCACCCUGCCAGCCCAGCGAGGCAGCGCGGUGGCUGCAGCCAGGCACCGUGGUUCUGACCCAGCAGCCUCUGCAUGGCUGCGGUGCUUCACUGUGGGGGCUGCCUUGGGGGCUGCAGCCACCACCGGGGCCCUGGGCACGGUGAGGGGUGACGCUGCCCCACUGGGACAGCCCAGCAUGGGCAGCCUGUCCUCUUCUUGCAGCUGGACCAGUGUCUCCAGGAGGAUUUCCCCAUCUAUAAGUCCUUCCGCUUCAAGGGCAGCAUCGGGCCCCUGCGCCUGCACAUGGUGGGCGCCGGGGCUUUUGCCCGGCUGCGGGAGGCACUGGGCAAGCCCGUCCCCAUGCCCAGGGUCCUGCAGGAGGAGCGGCUGCUGCAGCUCAUUCAGAGCUCCGUCAUCUCCUAGGGCAGCCCAGGGGUCCCACAGCCCUCCUGCUCCUGGGGUUCACCGUGCGCACACCCCACAGGGAGGAGCGGGGCUGAGGGUGCCCAGCCCCAGGGGGUUUGGCUGAGCAGAGCAGAUGGAGCCAGCGAGCAUGACCCUGCCCCUGCUCCGUGGUGACAGCGGGCACCGGUGGGUAACCGGGUCAGUGCUGCCUGCAGGGAUGGAGCAGGAUGUGCAGCACAGCUCAGGCCAGCCCUGGGCACCCACCAGCAGACCUGACCCUUUACUGGGCUGUAUUGGGCAUGGGCUGAAGCUGGGGGUGCUUGUGAGCAUCACGGGGCAGUUGGGUUCUGCUGCCAGCGGCCACCGCUCACCCCGCUCUGCUCAGUGCCUUGGCAGCACCCGCAGCAGAGUGGGGACACCAUGGCUGUCGUAGCCUGCGGGAGGACAGUGGAAUCCUCCCUGGGAGCAGGAGGAGCAGCGGAGCCUCGGGUCAACAGGGGAACUCGGCUCAUCCCUGUGCUGAGCUCCGGGGCCUUGUGGCAUUCUGUCCCCCGGCAGGGACACUGUGGGGUGGUGGCAGGUCCUGGCUGGCCCCUGCACCGGGCUCCAGCGCACGUCCGCUGGUUUAGGGAAGAAUAAGCUCCAGCAAGGGCUGCUUUUAAUGUUUAAAAAAUCAGAAGCAAAAUGAAGGAGGAUUAUCUCUCAGAAACGAAUGAAGGGCAGUGCUCUGGGAUUGAAUUUUGUAUACUAUGCUCUUUAAUCCUCAUUAAAGAGGUUGCUUGACAACAGCCCUGUCUCUGC